AUGGCCUACUUUCCUCCACAAAUUCGAAGAAAUUUUGAGAAUCGACCUUUUGUCCCAAAUUCCUCAUACCAGAAUGUUGCUGCCACACCUACUUUCUUGGGAGGCCAAGGUAAUCUUUUCUGGGUUCAUUUGCCUCCUCGUACAAUACAAAUUGAGUACUACCUGGGAUCCAUAUCCAGUCCAGAUGAAGACACUGUCAUAUGGGAUGAAUCUGACUAUGUCGCACACUUGAGGUCGACCCAAGCCAAUUCUUCUCAACACAGGACCCAAACUGCUUUGACGGAAGAAACCAUUAUGCAACAUCUGAAGAAGAGAAAUUUCGUUGAAGUGAAAGACAAUGAAGAAGGUCCCGAAAUUUGUGUUGUGUGCCAAGGCGAAUACGAAGAAAAUGAAAGUGUUGGAAUCCUUCGUUGUGGUCAUGAGUACCAUGUGGAUUGCAUAACAAAGUGGUUAUUACAAAAAAAUGUUUGCCCCAUCUGCAAAGCCGAAGCAUUGCAGACAAACCGCAGGAAUGAUAGAAGACGGUGA